AUGGAUCGCGGAUCUGCUUCAGAUUCGAGGGUUAUAAAAACUAGUAGAUGGAAGGCAACCGACAAUCAAAGGAGAAUAUUGGAGUACCUUUUCGCGAGUGGAACGAGAAAUCCAUGUUUGGAGGAAAUAGAGCGCAUUUCUGCAGAUCUGCAGGGCCAUGGUCCUGUGCAAGGCAAGAACGUUUUCUACUGGUUUCAGAAUGCCACUGCGAGAGAAAAACGGAUGAAAAAAUCAUCCUCAAGAUUGCCUUCAGUAUUGAAGGCACGAAAUUGGUCAUCUGAGAAAAGCUAUGCACAGGAAGAAGAGGAUCGCAGGUAUUCAUCGGUAGAUCCGUCUGACUUGAGAACUUUCGAAUUAUUUCCUCUGCAUCCCGGUCUGUGA